GCCGGAGUGGAUGGAAGGGGACCGGGGUUUCUGCCGCGCAGGGAGCCGCGAGCCAGGGCGAUGGCGCUAAGGACGGCGCGGAGCAGCUGCGCUCCCGGGAACGCGUCUCCUCGCGGAGGACCCGCCAGCGUCGGGAAGGUCUGCGCGAAGAGAGACCAACUUGUGGCUCCAAAAUGCACCCGACGCAGCUGGAAAUGAGAUCAAAGCUGCAGUUUCCUUCGAGAAGGAGGCGAGGAGCCCGCGAUUAGGGAUUUAACAAAAUUUUCCACCUCCUUCGUUCCGUUUUCUAUUUUCCUUUUUUUCUUUCCUUAUUAUUACGAUUUCUAAAUUUGCCUCACACCCCGUCGGUCCCCCUCACUUCGCCUUGCCCGUUUGAAAUAAAAGCCCAGUUUGAACUUCUUUCGCCGCGGCGCCCCCGGAUGCGCUGCCCGCUGAUGGAGGAGAAGGGGACCCCGGGGCUGGCGGGGGCCACCGGCGAGGGACCGCGUCACGCGUCUCCCCCGUGAUCCCGGCGCUGAUCGCGGAGUUCUGCAACACCUGGAGGAUCUGGACCGGGUGCCGGGGGUGGGGGCGGGGACAGAGGAAACGAAAGCCACCCCGAGCCUUAAAAAAAAGAAGAAGAAAAAAAAAGUAGCGGGGGGGGGGGGAGAGGAAUGGGUUUCUUCUUGACAGCUGACGGAGCCUUGAAAUUUUCCUCCACUACCCCCGCCCCCGCCCCCGCCCCCGCCCCCCGCACUCCAUUUAACGUGAGAUUAUGAAAUUGCAGAGGCGGUGGAGGGAAGGAGACAGGAUAUAACAGGGAGUUUGGAGGGAGAGGGGAAGGUGGCUGGCCGGGUGGCUGAAAUCAAAAAUCCAAUUGCGCACUGGGUUGUGAUGAGAAAUCUAAUCAGAUCUUUGGAGAAGGGGCCGGCCGGAAGGGUGGCGAGUGGGGGGAGUUGAUCCCCAAAUUCUUCGAAGGGGGAGCAAGGGGUGAGGAAUCAGUGAUGUAAAAGGAGACUUUUUCCGUGGCGGUGGCGGUUGGGUGCCUUGCAAAAAUGAAGGAUGCGGGACGCAGCUCUCUCUUGGAACCGAACGCCGUGGAUAAACUGAUUGUGCAAGAGAAAAGGAAGGAGGAAGCUUUUCCUUGUGAGACCUGGAUCUUAACACAAAUGUGUAUAUGUGCCCACAGGCAGCCUUGAAAAAUGAAAUAAACCAGUGUCGGACCCACGGGGCUUGGUGUGUUCUGACAUAAAUAAAUAAUAAUAAAACAGCUGCCCCCCCCCUCCCCAAAGGAUGAUUGGAAAUGGAGAACGGAGGAUCCACAAAGAAAAAGUAUGUUCGUUUUUCUCUAUAAAGGAGAAAGUAAGCCAAGGAGAUAUUUUUGGAAUUGAAAGUUUGGGGCUUUUUUUUUUUAGGAAAGUAAAGACCUGCUAUGGUGGUGUUUUCUCUUCUUUUUGAAUUUCCCACAAGAGGAGAGGGAAUUAAUAAUACAUCUGCAAAGAAAUUUCGGAGAAGAAAAGUUGACCGCGGCAGAAUGAGGCAUUGAUUGGGGGAGACAAACCAGCAGAGAGCACAGUUGGAUUUGUGCCUAUGUUGACUAAAAUUGAUGGAUAAUUGCAGUUGGAUUUUUCUUCAUCGACCUCCCCCCCACCUUUUUUUUUCCUUUCUUUCUUUCUUUUUGGUGUCAAGAUCAUGCGUUUUCGCUUGUUCUUAACCACCUGGAUUUCCAUCUGGAUGUUGCUGUGAUCAGUCUGAAAUACAAUUGGCAAACACGUUGCCUGUUUACAGCAUAGAGACCACAAUGGAGAGCUAGGUGGGUGAUGAUUCAUGCUAAAUCUUCCCCACAAUAUGCUGAACACUACAACAGCAGCUAAUGUGAAGCGGCUCAUUAUACACUGUCGAAUCCAAUAACAGCAACGACUGGCUUUGCUAGCACGAGCAACUUGUGGGAAGCCCAGUUACUGCAAACCACUACUGGAUUUCAAAAAACAGGCUGCAGCAUAGUAGAAAAGACAUAUUCACUGAGUCAUAUUUGCAAAUUUCUUGUAUGUUUCUCUUUGCCAGCUUAGAAACAGCCUUCAUGUUCCCAGCCUGACACCAGAGAUGACUCUCCUUGGGAUCCACUUCUCUUACUAUUUGAACUCCAGAAGGACCAACACCAGAUAAAUUAUGAAUGUUGAACAAGAUGACCUUACAUCCACAGCAGAUAAUGAUAGGUCCUAGGUUUAACAGGGCCCUAUUCGACCCCCUGCUUGUGGUGCUGCUGGCUCUUCAACUUCUUGUGGUGGCUGGUCUGGUGCGGGCUCAAACCUGCCCUUCUGUCUGCUCCUGCAGCAACCAGUUCAGCAAGGUGAUUUGCGUCCGGAAAAACCUACGUGAGGUUCCAGAUGGCAUCUCCACCAACACUCGACUGCUGAACCUCCAUGAGAACCAAAUCCAGAUCAUCAAAGUGAAUAGCUUCAAGCACUUGAGGCACCUGGAAAUCCUACAAUUGAGUAGGAAUCAUAUUAGAACAAUUGAAAUCGGGGCCUUCAAUGGUCUGGCAAACCUCAAUACUCUGGAACUCUUUGACAAUCGUCUUACCACCAUCCCAAAUGGAGCUUUUGUAUAUUUGUCUAAACUGAAGGAGCUCUGGUUGAGAAACAACCCCAUUGAAAGCAUUCCUUCUUAUGCUUUUAACAGAAUCCCCUCUUUGCGCCGACUAGACUUAGGGGAAUUGAAAAGGCUUUCAUACAUCUCAGAAGGUGCCUUUGAAGGUCUGUCCAACUUGAGAUAUUUGAACCUUGCCAUGUGCAACCUCCGUGAAAUCCCUAACCUUACACCUCUCAUAAAACUAGAUGAGCUGGAUCUUUCUGGGAAUCACUUGUCGGCCAUCAGGCCUGGCUCUUUCCAGGGACUGAUGCACCUUCAAAAACUGUGGAUGAUACAGUCCCAGAUUCAAGUGAUCGAACGGAAUGCCUUUGAUAACCUUCAGUCACUAGUGGAGAUAAACUUGGCACACAACAAUCUAACAUUACUGCCUCAUGACCUCUUCACACCCUUGCAUCAUCUAGAGCGGAUACACUUACAUCACAACCCUUGGAACUGUAACUGUGACAUACUUUGGCUCAGCUGGUGGAUAAAAGACAUGGCCCCCUCCAACACAGCUUGUUGUGCUCGAUGUAACACCCCUCCCAAUCUGAAAGGGAGGUACAUCGGGGAGCUUGACCAGAAUUAUUUCACAUGCUAUGCUCCUGUGAUUGUGGAGCCCCCAGCUGACCUCAAUGUCACUGAGGGCAUGGCAGCUGAGUUGAAAUGUCGGGCCUCCACGUCCCUGACCUCUGUAUCAUGGAUUACUCCAAAUGGAACGGUCAUGACACAUGGGGCAUACAAAGUGAGGAUAGCUGUGCUCAGUGACGGCACAUUAAAUUUCACGAAUGUAACCGUACAAGAUACAGGCAUGUACACGUGUAUGGUGAGUAAUUCCGUUGGAAAUACCACUGCUUCAGCCACCCUGAAUGUUACUGCAGCAACCACUACUCCCUUCUCUUACUUUUCAACCGUCACAGUAGAGACUAUGGAACCUUCUCAGGAUGAGGCACGGACCACAGAUAACAACGUGGGCCCCACUCCAGUGAUCGACUGGGAGACCACCAACGUGACCACCUCUCUCACGCCACAGAGCACAAGGUCAACAGAAAAAACAUUCACCAUCCCAGUGACCGAUAUAAACAGUGGGAUCCCAGGAAUUGAUGAGGUCAUGAAGACCACCAAAAUCAUCAUUGGCUGUUUUGUGGCCAUCACACUCAUGGCUGCAGUGAUGCUGGUCAUUUUCUACAAGAUGAGGAAGCAGCACCAUCGGCAAAACCAUCACGCCCCUACAAGAACUGUUGAAAUCAUUAAUGUGGAUGAUGAGAUUACAGGAGACACACCCAUGGAAAGCCACCUGCCCAUGCCUGCUAUUGAGCAUGAGCACCUAAAUCACUAUAACUCUUACAAAUCUCCCUUCAACCACACAACAACAGUUAACACAAUAAAUUCAAUACACAGUUCAGUGCAUGAACCGUUAUUGAUCCGAAUGAACUCUAAAGACAAUGUACAAGAGACUCAAAUCUAAAACAUUUACAGAGUUACAGAAAACAAACAAUAAAAAAAAGACAGUUUAUUAAAAAUGACACAAAUGACUGGGCUAAAUCUACUGUUUCAAAAAAGUGUCUUUACAAAAAAAACAAAAAAGAAAAGAAAUUUAUUUAUUAAAAAUUCUAUUGUGAUCUAAAGCAGACAAAAUUAUGUGUAUUCCUCAGAACCUGUUUUUGCUGCACUUAUUUACUAUUUUCCCACAUUUCAUCCCUGCCUACCCUGGUUGCCAUAUUUUUCAUAGGACAUCUCAAGUCCCUAAAGAACUGGCCUAGGAAAUUUUGUAAGAAUUCUGUUACACUUUGAGAUUUUUAUGGUGAAUUCUAGUGGUGAGAUCCAGUCUAUUUUGUCUUUCUUUCUUUUUUUCCCCCUUUCCUUUUUUUUCCUCAUGCCCUUAUCAAGUAGUCCAAUGGGGAAUGCAAUAUUAGAAAUAGAUUUCUAAGAGAGAACGAGAUAAAAAAAAAUGCAAGAUCUUAUAUUUUUUAUGUAAUGACCUGUUCUGUAUUUAUGAGGAGAACCAUUCAAUG